GCAACCAGCCAUAGCUCUGCAGAGGUUACUGAGAUUUUGUCCCUUGAGGAUCUGUCCACAACUCAGGAGGGUCUGUGGAACUCACACAGCUCUUGGCCUGAGCCCCCGUUACCGAGAGAAAGGAGGCUUUUGCCAAGGACUCCAAGGGGAGUGGACUCAACUCUGGUCUGGACCCAAGACACCCAGCCCUCCCUGAGACAUUGUGUGAGCCGGGCUGGGCCUGCAGACACAGCCCCUACCGCCCCACCCCAGCCAGGGUGGUGCUUGUGUGGGAAGGACUUUAAAUCCAGCUGCCAGACCCCUGGACCGGAGAAGCAGAGAGGGCUGGCCACCAUGUGCGGCUCCUGCAGUUCCCUGGUGCUGCCGCUGCUACUGCUGGUGGCCACCACGGGCCCCACCGGAGCCCUCAAGGCUGAUGAGAAACGCGAGAUGGUAGAGCUGCACAACCUCUACCGCUCCCAGGUGUCCCCGCCGGCCUCAGACAUGCUGCGGAUGAGAUGGGACGCGGAGCUGGCCGCCUUCGCCAAGGCCUACGCACAGCAGUGCAUUUGGGGCCACAACAAGGAGCGCGGGCGGCGCGGCGAGAACCUGUUCGCCAUCACGGACGAGGGCAUGGACGUGCCGCUGGCCGUGGGGGAGUGGCACCAGGAGCGCGCGCACUACAACCUCAGCGCCGCCGCCUGCAACCCGGGCCAGAUGUGCGGCCACUACACGCAGGUGGUUUGGGCCAAGACAGAAAGGAUCGGCUGUGGUUCCCACUUCUGUGAGAAGCUCCAGGGAGUUGAGGAGACCAACAUUCAAUUACUCGUGUGCAACUAUGAGCCCCCGGGGAACGUGAAGGGGAAAAGGCCCUACCGGGAGGGGACUCCGUGCUCCCAGUGUCCCCCGGACUACCGCUGCGAGAACUCCCUCUGUGAGCCCGUCGGAAGCUCAGAAGAUGCUCCAGAUUUGCCCGGCCCGGUAACUGAGGCGCCAUCCUCCCUGGCAACUGAAGCCUCAGCCUCUAGAAAAAUGAGUAUGCCUUCUUCCGUGGCGACAGAGGUCUCAGGCUCCCUGGCAACCAAGGCUCUGCCGACUGUAGAAACCGAGGCCCCAACUUCCUUAGAAACGAAAGGCCCCUCCUCAAUGGCAACAGAGUCCCCACCUUCUGUAAAAACAGCGGUCCCUUCCGUUUCUGCAACUCACAGCCUGCCCUCGUUGGAUGAGGAGCCGGCUACCUUUCCCAAAUCCACCCAUGUUCCUAUCCCCAAAUCAGCACACAGCGUGGCCAGCAUAACCAGAGCACCCUCCGUGAGCCCAGAGAAAUCUCUGCACCCCAAGAUGUCCCCAACAGGGACAGGGGAGCCCCUACCCCAUGCCCAGGAAGAGGCUGAGGCUGAGGCCGAGGUGCCUUCUUCUAGUGAGGUCUUGGCCUCAGUUUUUCCAGCCCAGGACAAGCGAGGUGAGCUGCAGGCCUCACUGAACCACAUGGGGUACACCUCCUCCAAGUCCCUGCCCAGUUUCCCCAAUACCUCUGCCACCGCUAAUGCCUCGGGUGGGCGGACCCUGGCCCUGCAGUCAUCCUUGCCAGGUGCUGAGGGCCCUGAGAAGCCUGGCAUCAAGUCGGGGCUGAGCUCGGGCCCUAGUCAUGUAUGGGGCCCUUUCCUGGGACUACUGCUACUGCCUCCCCUGGUGUUGGCUGGAAUCUUCUGAAGGGGACACACUGAAAGGAGGUUUCCAAAGGGCCGAGCCCUGGUACUGCCCGGGAGCGCCUCUGCCUCUGGGGAGGCCCACCCCUCAGCUGGCUGCAGACUGUCCUCGGUGGGGUUCCUGUGGCCACACGCCUGCUCUCCCUGAGAAGAGGAUCUCGGGCUUCCCAGGGACCCCUUGGCCCUUCCCAGAGUGAAGAGAUCAGCUGUCCUCCUGCCAUCUUCCCCACCCUGUCCCCAGCCCCUCAGACAAGAUGCUGGUCGGCUGAGGCCCUCUGGAAGGGAAAGGCUGCAGGGCACGUGCCUCCUCCUCAGCAUCCUGGAGGCACAGGCCCGCCACCCGCGGGGCGCCAGU